UUGAAUGAUCCAAGGUGCUCCAAUGCUGGUUUGUCAAAUUAUUGAUGCGGUGGUUUGAAUCACGUUUGAAUUUUAGUGCGAAGCUUAUUAAUUCUUUUUAUUUUCCUAUUACUUGUUAGAAUAUUAUACACAUGGAUUAUUGAUUUGUGCGUUGCAAUUGUGUGAUUUGUGUUGUUAAGUGCAGAAACAUGGUUUUGGCUGAGCGAAGUAAUGAUGUUCGAAACGGGAAGCGGUCAAGGGGGCCAAGCCCCAAUGGCCAUGGAAGUCCAGAUUCCAGCUCCGAAGAUGAGAAUGUAGUACCAUUUGCAGCUGAGAAGAUCAGGGUGGGUCGGGAUUAUCAGGCUGUUUGUCCUGAACUGGAGCCAGUUGAACAGAGGAAACCUGAACUUAUAUCAGAUAGAGCAUUACUUGUUUGGUCACCCACUUCUGACAUAUCUGACAUCAAAUUGGAUGAAUACAUAACAACAGCUAAAGAGAAAUAUGGUUACAACGGUGAGCAGGCCCUUGGUAUGUUGUUCUGGCACAAACAUGACCUCAAUCGUGCCUCAAUGGACCUUGCCAACUUUACACCAUUUCCUGAUGAAUGGACAGUUGAAGACAAGGUGCUCUUUGAGCAAGCCUUCCAGUUUCACGGCAAAAGCUUUCACAGAAUACGGCAAAUGUUACCAGAUAAGACUAUUGCAUCUUUAGUCAAGUAUUAUUAUUCAUGGAAAAAGACAAGAGCCCGUACAUCACUUAUGGAUGUGGUUAGUGAAGGUCGCAAUGCAACUGGCUCUGGUACAGGGAAACGGGAAUCUGGGGCUGGUUCAGAGCCAGGCGGCUCUGACAAAGAUUCAGACAAUGACGAGAAGAAGUGGACUUACCACCGCGGUAUAGUUCGCGGCGGCAAGGUCGCGGGCGCGGCCUCGCAACGCGCCGGAGGCCAGCUCACCGCCCAGGGCUCGGGCGGCGGCGAGGGCGCGGGCAAGUGGUGCACCGUGUGCGGCAUUCUGUGCACCCUCACCACGCCGCACAACUCGCACAAGCUGUGCCAGGCGUGCCUCGUGCACGCCAGACGCACGGGGACGAUGAGACCGUUGUGCGGACCGUCCGGUAGACGCGGCCCGGGCUCCAAACAGCAGCGUUACAAACAUCGGUUGCCGCGCGGCAUUUACAUCAAUCACGAUGAUCUCGUCGCAAUGGCGACCGGACCGCAGCCCGGCGACCCGCCGCAGCCGGGACUUGUCAAUCAGGGCGAAGCUAUGCUCAAAGCGAUGGACAGAGAGAUUAUAUCGCUCAAGAGACAAGUUCAACAGAAUAAGCAGCAGUUGAGCGCAAUGAAACGCAAGGUGGCCGACACCGGCGUGGACGAGUUCCGCCCCGGCGAGCCCCCCGCCAAGAUCAACUCGCGCUGGACCAACGACGAACUGCUCAUGGCCGUCACAGCUGUCAGGAAAUACGGGCGAGAUUUUCAAGCGAUCGCGGAGACACUUGGAACGAAAACGGAAGCGCACGUGCGAUCAUUCUUCAUAUCUUACCGACGUCGGUACAACCUCGACGCCGUGGUGCGCGAACACGAGGCGGAACGCGUCAUGACACUUCAUCUACAAGCUGGCACAGCAAACACAGAAUCUGCAGAGACGGCCACAGACAAUACCAACACAAAUAAUGGCACAGCAUCUCCACAAACUACGAAUAAAGAUGAAAAAACUGAGGUGGACAGCGAGGGAGUGUCGCUGGGCGCGCCGGCAGAGCAAGGCGGCGCCCCCACCGCGCCUGCCGCCCCUGCGCCCGCGCCCGCGCCCGCGCCCGCCGCCACGUCCGCCGCGCCCGCCCCGACCGCCGCGACCGCCGCGACCGCCGCGACCGCCGCGCCCGCCACUCCGCCCAAACACAAGCCCGCCAAGUGAACUCACAUCUAACGGACGAUACUCUACGUGUCACAACUAUACUGAUACAUGCUCUGCUAUACGAACCGAGUGUCUCGUCAAUCACUCGUUUUGUCUUGUACCAAUGUCACAGCCCUGUUGACUGGUUCGCCAUUAAUUGUUAUUUACGAGUGACGAAUUCACGCCACUUGUCGACGUGACUCAUAAUAUGACUUGUGUUCAAAUUGCGCAAUAAAGUAUUAUCGGUGAAUUCCCGUAAGGAGUUUUGUGCGCAUACAGUUCUAACUGUGGGAACUGGGAAGUGUACCUUCUGGAUUUUUGCUGUACCAGUUUACACAAUGAGGAUUUAUCGGUCAAGCAAUCCACAAAACAGUUUAAGCAGUAGAUUGUAUAUUGCAAUUUAAGUAACAAAGUUUAAUGAUAUCAGAAUUCGCCCUAAAUCGUACAUAUUUUUUCUACUAAAAUACUAAAUUUUAUUUUACCCUGGUGUAACAAUAAAAAUCAUGAAUAUCAAAAUAAUUAUGUUUCGUCAUUUCAGAAUAAUUUAUAAAAAUAGUGUAGGUAAAGUAUUAAAACUAUUAUAUAAUGACUCAAUCAUUACUUGAUACUGCAUAGUUCUGAAUAGUCUAAUAUGACAUUUUUUUUUAAAUGUUCUGUUCCACACAGUUGUGCCAGCGCAAUAUGCAUUUUUUAAUUUAUAUAGGUAACCAGGGUAAAAAUUAAGUUCUUUUAUGAUGGACUACCAACUGGGACUCAUUUCUGUUUAGUUUGUCUUAUAUACCAGAAUGAAGAUGUAUUGAUGAUUAUAAAACUUAUGCAAUAUAAUAUGUUACUUGAUUAAAGAGAAUAAUCAGCAAUUAAAUCAAUAUCAUAAAUCUAAUUAAGUUGUUCGAAACAAUUAUGGCAAGCUGGAGUUAAUUUCCAAUAAUGUCUUAUGAUAACAGUAAAUUAUCAUGGUGCAUCUGACUAUUGGUUUUUUAGAACCGCCAAGAAUAAACAGUGAUGUUGAAUAUAAGAUAUAGGAAUGUCUGUAUACGCGAUAUUAAUGCAUUGUAUUUGUAAAUAAAUUUGGUUAGGUUAAGAUUUUGUUUUGAGAGCAUUGGACUAUGUAGAUAUAUGGAGUGCAUGAUGUUUGAUAUAAAUCUAGGUAUUUGAGCUGUGCUCCACAUAGGAGGUCGAGAUUAAUCCAGGAUUUGUUUACAUUCGUGUGAUAGUGUCCUUAGCUAGAUUAUAAUUAAUGUUAUUAACUUGCCUUAUAUAAAAAAUAUCUGUAUCUCAUAUACUCGCAUGCUUAAUAUAGUGCACAGUCGGCAAAACAGACCAUUUAUAUUUUUCGAUUGAUACACGAGCUUUUAUGUAUUAGGGGGCUAUGUAAGAGCAGAAUGUUUGAUGAUGCUGACUGUACCCCUUGCACAUAGUUUUAAAUACAACUGAAUUUUUAUUUAGUGUUAAAACGAGACAUUUUUGUACUGUAAGAGAUGUAGUAGUAUUUUUAUGUAGGUCUAACAAUAAUUUAUUAGUAAGUGUACUGUGCUAAUUAUGUCCACUUUCCUCUAAUUUUUAUGGUAAACACUAACUAACAAGAAAUUAGAUUUUAGGCAAUUUUUAUUAGACGAUACUCAUAGAUAAAUUAUUGCAUUUAAAAUAAUUCUUCAGACGUGUAAAAAUAUUCAGGCUUCAUUCACUAAAUUCAAAUGCUAUAUCGGCAAUAAUAAGUAAAUUAUUAUAUUUUGCCGUCGACGGAACGCUUUUCAAGAAUAGCGAUAUUCGCUUCUCUGUACUGUUAGAGUCGUAAUAGAUACGAUAGAUAGAAUACGAUAUUUUUAUACUGAUAAAAGACAUCUCAUUGCUAAUAUAAAAUUUCAUGUCGAUAUGAUAAUACCGUUUAAAUUUUAAUAAUGUUGUAUUGAAACUAUUUUAUCAAAUGUCUCCAGUUUUUGGUUAUAUAGAAAAUCAAACAGCUGUACUCAAUUUUAUAGUCAAUACAAGAUAUAGCAAUGUGUGUCUGGCUUUA